AGGUUAGUGGCUGCAAGCCGAGCCCACGGUGGCAGCAGCGCUAGUGGCCGGUGCCGGAUGCUCGCCGGUUCUCUGCUUCUUCCGGGCUUGUGUUCUUCUCGCGCAGUGCCAACCCGCCCUCGUUCGGGCCGGACCCCGGCGAUGCUGAGCAUGAGAAGUCCAGCGUCUCAGCCUCGGAGCUUCAGAGGAGAAAGUGAAGCUCUUGCAGGUGAAGCCUCGGUCCGUUCGCGUUUCGAACCCCAGCCAACCUCCGCCACGCACCUUCCUUCGGCGCCGCCGGCGCUGGGCACACGGCAGAGUAGGGACCACAGCGGGAAAGACGCGACCCGAACACCGAGAAUGGAUGCCCGCACCUGGCGUCUGGGCUGGCGCUGUCUCCUCCUCCUUGCUCUCCUUGGAUCUACCCGGAGCGAGGGCGUGGAGAGCUGCGAAGAAGUUCGGAAACUUUUCCAGUGGCGGCUUGGGGGAGCUGUCAAGGGGCUGCCGGAUGCGCCGCGGGCAGGACCUGAACUUCAGGUUUGCGUAUCCAAAAACCCAACAUGCUGCACCAGGAAGAUGGAGGAGAGGUACCAGAUUGCAGCUCGGCAAGAUUUGCAGCAGGUGCUUCAGACAUCCAGCUCAACAUUAAAACUGCUAAUAUCUCGAAACGCAGCUGCUUUCCAAGGUAGAUGGAUUUGAGUUCUGGCACUAAUGACUAGCCCUAUUAUGCCAUUUACUUGUGAUAGGAAUAUUGGCAAACUUGGCUAGCUCUUUUCUUUGUAAUUGUGCAUCAUUCUGGUAUAAAAUGAAGUUUGAUUUUUUUUAAGCCAUUAUAAAUUAUGUAUGGCGCUUUCCUCAGUGAAUAUUGAGGAUUAACAGAAGGAAAUGUUGUGUUAUUGAAAUAAUCUACUGGAAUGUAAACCUU